AUGUCAGAAAAGUUGAGGGAAAAGGUAAUAGUAGAUACGAAAACUAUUAUUAGAGUAAAAAACACAUACGAAGACUAUUACUAUACUUAAUAUUGAUGUGUCACACCUUUAUUUUUAAAACAUUUGAAAUUUCAAAAUUUACCUAUAAAAAUUAAUAACUUUUCCAGCUCGGCUAUCUUAACAGUGAGCUAGAUGACAUUCGUCAUCUUCGCUCAUUGAGCCCUCAUUCUUCACAAAAAUCUCGAACUAGCCGUUCGCCUUUGCCACAAAAGUAAGUUUUUAAUUUUUUGCCAUUCCUUAUUAGCUAGUACCUCAAAAAGUCCAAAUUUUACUCCAAACUAAACUUUAUCCAUUCCUUUUAUCUACAGCAGCUGUAAUUUUAGAAAUGACGCCGGCACAGGACCAUCAGAUCCGGACGAUCAGACCCCAACUACGCCGAGAACUUUCGACUCGCGCCCUGACAUCGCAGCAUGGCCAGCGCCACCGCCGGCCGCCCGCGUACUCUCAAAACCUCUGAACAACAAAGCUAAUCAAUCCAAUCAGACACUGACUUAUCGAUCUCAAGGUAAAUUCAUUGUAGAUAAUUUUGAAAGGUUUAAACUUCAAAAUUAAAAAAAAAAUUAAAAUUUUGGACGUCAAAAAACAAUGAAAACCUGUAAGAAAUUUCAGGCACAUCUCCAAUACCAGAAUCUCAACUAGCACGUAGUCCAAUCCCCGAGGAGACCAAGCUGAUGUCUCUUCUCCGUUCCUCCGCCAAUUACAGUCCAAGCCGUGGCGGACGCGAGAACGAGUUAAGGAAGAAGAUCCAGAACCUAGAACAGACCGUAGCUGAAUACGAACGACAAAAGUUUAAUGUGAUGGGAACGUUCAGCGAAUACCGUGAAUAUGUAGCCGAACGUGAAAGAACGCUAGAAGCCGAGUAUUCGAAUAAGAUCAUCGCCUUAAGUGAAGAUGUUCUCGGAGCAAAGAAGGACUUUGAAACUAGAAUGAAGAGCUUCCAGGCGCUUCAAGAACAGUUUGAACAGGAGAAGGAACAAGCAUUGGAGAACCUGAAGCAAGAACAUCAGAAGGAAAUUGAAAUGUUGGAGAGGAGAGUGGCUGGCAGUCAAUUGUUGAACUUGGAACAAAAGUACGUUAAUACCUAUUGUAAUAACCUUCACAAAAUUUUCUAUAAAUCUCAGAAGAAAUCAUUAAAAAAAUGUUUUCUAGUAUCAGUAGUUGAUCUAAAAAGCAUUUCGAUCUUCCAGCACAAAGAAAUAAUUUACCUCUAUGAACACUACGAUUUUAGAUACAUAAUUGAAAUCAGACGCCUGGAGGACGAAAGAAAAAGUUUACAGACCGAGAAAGACCGUCUUGGUGAAACUUUUGAUACGAAAUUAAGAAGAGCUCAGUCGUUGUAUGAAACACAGUUGAGUGCUGCCAAAAUGCUAUACGUUCGAGAAUUAGAAGCUCUAAAAGAUCAUGAAAAACAUCUGAAGGAAGAACUGGAAGCCAGGUAAGACAAAUGCUGGGACGUAUUUUACACGAUUUAUGAGCUAAAUACUUUUGAAAUAUUUUUAAAAGUGAAAGUCAUGUUCUUAUUGUAAAUAAGCAUAUCCUUAUAGUAAAUUUUUUAAAAAAAUUAAUUUAGACACGAAGAAUUCCGUGACAGAGUAAAUGAACUGAAGCUACAAUCUAUGCAAAGUCGUGAAGAAGUUACGGCAUGCAAAACAGAGAUGCAGCUUCUUCAGAAAAAGUUGAAGCAAAAACAAAAUGAACUCGAAUUUAUAGCUAAAGAGGUAAGUUGUUAAGACUUAAAAUACAUUUUAGAACCAGUUACUUAAAAACGACCACAUAAAGUAUUAAUAGAAAACAUUAAAACUUAAAAUUUUAGUUAGAAAACGCCCGUUCCGAGCUCCGAACCUCAAUGAGGCGUCUUCGUGAAGUUGACGCAAAGCUCCUCAAGACCACAGAUGAGUUGAGUGAACGAGAAACAGAACUCAACAAGAAGGCUGAACUUCUAGAAUCUGCAGAAUUCACCAAGACCCGUCUGGAAUCGACCGUUCGCAAACUUCAAGUCGAAGUCAAGGCUUUGAAGAACAAAGUGGACUUCCUUGAAAUCGAGCGUGACAAUCUAAAAUGUCAAAGUGAAAGUCAGACCCAUCUUCAGAAUACUCAGAUUCAGGCUCUUGAAGCUGUUUUGGAAUCUGUGACAAAAGAAAAAGAAACCUCGAAGGUGCAAUAUGAAAAGAUGCUGGAACAGGAGAGAGAACAGGCGGAACAGAGAGAGCACACGCUGAGAAAGGAGUUGUGUACCAAGUUUAAUGAAUUGGAAGAACAGUACAACUCGUUGAAGGACUUUGUGGAUGGUACUGAAACUUUUAGACCGGAUUCUGCGGUAUGUUCUUGAAAUUUCAGUAAAUCUUAUUAUAUAAUGAGGUUAUGGCCUUUGUAUUUGUGUUAGUACACAUUAUUAUGAUGAGUAAAUAUGACAUUUUGAGUUUAGAAGCUGCUACAAGAAAUUGAAGUAUUAAGAUGCCAGAAGAACAACUUGGAAGAUGAAGUUAUGGAAUUGAAAGAUCAGUUAACGGAAGAAAAAGAAAAGGUAAGCAGAGUGAGUACUGUAUCAUGAACAACUUAAAUCUCAACAACAAUAACCAUUUUCUCUAUCUCUAGCCCGAUCCCGAACCUUCUCUAUCCUAUGUCAUGAAAGCCUUACGAAGCGUUGACAAUAUCCGUAAACACCUAAACAACGACCAAGCCGGUCCUUCAAACGACGACGAUGAAAAGAUUCUAGAUGUCAGUGUUCAAGUCCUCAAAAAAGAGUUGAUCAACGAGUUCACCCAAUCAUCGACCAGUCGACAAGUGCAACUUGAGGUGGUAAUUGAGAAACUGGAACACAUCGACAAAGCUGUAAAGACGAUUGUGGAAGAGAAGAACUUGGCCAUGUGCAAAGUUCAGAAGUUGGAAGAAGAGAACAAACAAUUGGCAUUGUUAAUUGAACAAUCAUCUGCAGUUCAAUCAUCUAGAGCUGCUUUGGAAAACAGCGAGAUGAGCUUAGUAAAGGCAAAGUUGGAGAAUGCUACUUAUGACCUGGAGACGGAGAGGCUGAAGAAUAAGCAGUUGGAACAACAGCUAAAGCAUAAUGAAGGUAAGUAGGUCUAAAAAUAUUAGUUUAUGAUAAUUUAAUACAAAAUAAUCUAACCAAAAUAAAAAUCAACAAUUUUAUUACCUAAAAAUUCCAGAUCUAGUGGAAGAAUUGAGCAGAAAAGCCAAAACACUUCGUGCAGAACUACAAGAGCAAUAUCACAGCAACGAUCACAAUCUGAAUCGUCGUCUCAGCGAUCUUCAAGCAGAAUUGGAAAUGAAGGAACAAGAACAACAUCAACAAAAUGAGGUUAUCAAAAAGAAAAAAGAAGAGUUAAAACAAGCAGACGCCAAGAACCGAGUGCUAAAAGAGUUGCUGGAGUACCAGCAUGGAUCGUUUGAUGAAGUUUUAGACGAAAUGUUAAGAAAAGUGGGCCACAAUGCGGCCGACAUCAGUCAAGCUGAAUUACAUGAACUUUUCGAAAGAUACGAGUUGGUUAAGAGGCCAGAAAAAGAGGUUAAAGAAGAAAAGUAAGUUUACAAAGUUUAAAAGAAAUUAAAGUUCGUUCUUUGACUUGAAUAAAAUAAGUUGUAAGCCUAAAACAACAUACAAUUUCAAGUUUCAACCAGUUUUUCCUCAAAUUAACCUUGUUAAACUUACAGACCAAAGCCGCAAGUCCGUGAAUGUGCUCUUCAAACCAAUAUCACUGUUGUAAAUGAGCCAGAAGAAACGGAAAACCAGCGUGUUCAAUCCGAGAUCAUCCAGAUGUUGAGUGAAAUGAUGAACGGAGACUUUGAAAGUCUGAACGAUCUUCUGGAAAUGAAAGAAAUUAUUCGACAUGCCAAUGAACCGGUAUGUUCUUGACUGAAAUUGAAGCGUGAUUCUUAUGAGGACACGAGAACUUACUAUCAGGACAUGAAAGUGUAAGAUACAGUAUUAAAAGCAUCUUUUUACCGAAAAAAAAAUAUUUUGAUGAAGGGCGCAGCUUGAAGGGAUAUUUUAUACGAUGAAAAUAAUUUUUGGAAAAUAUUAUGAAGUAUCUAGAAGAAACUCAUCUAGUUAGAUGGAAUAUUGUGGCCUAAAAUUCUAUUGUAACAAUUACUAUAAGUUAUAAUGUAAAUUUUUAGAGCACAUCAACUGGUGUUUAUCAAAAAGCUCAAAGCAAGUUCAGCACCUUAUUUCAUCAGUUCUCCGACAGAGGAAGCAAAAGCUCCAGCAAGUCUAAAGAGUACGUUUUAAAUAGUUAGUAUUAAUUUUCAAAAGUUUAAGCGCUUAAUUUUAUAUUCUUUGACGCAGUAGUAAUAUUGAACACUUUUAAAUGUUUGUACACAUAAAGACACUGUCACCGUUAUCGCAUGUAUAAAAGCGCACAUAAACAAUCACCCACUUGCAGAGAUAAGCCAGAUAUUAGUAGAUCACGAUCACCAAGUUUUUUAAGCCGUUUGAGAGAAAGAACACCUUCAAAGGCACGAAUGAUUGAUACUAACUUGCAAUCCACUUCCUCUAUGUCUUCAAGGUAAAAGUUGAAAGGGUUGUUUUGGAAUAUUACAAUGGGUAUUUGAUACUGGUACUAAAUAUACAAUACUAAAUAUACGGUACUAAAUAUGUGGUACUAGUGCUAAAUAUACAAUACUAAAUCAUGGAAGAUUACAAAGUGUAACUCAUUUAUUUUAAUAUUAUAUUACAAUUGGUGAUUUUAGGUACUUAGACUCAGACCGAAGCUCAUCUGUACGAAAGAAGUAUUCAAAGGAUUCAGGCCGACCAGCGUGGAAGUUUUAA